GGCAGAACAGCUGCACAGAUACACACAGAAUCGUGCUAAAAUAGAGUUUUUUCCAACUUUUAAUCAGUAUUUGUUCAGUUAAGUAACCGCUGUAUGUGUAGCAGCCGUGUUGUGCGUCGACGUGUGAACCUGCAGACAGACAGCCUUGUUAAAGCUGUUAGCCUGACAGCUAAAGUUGCAGUUGGGCAGCUCGUUGCUUGUAGUUAGCACCGAUGAGGAAAAGCAAACCCCGCUUUCAAUGCUGUAAACAGGACUGAGCAGCUCGUACUGAGUUACCGAGCUAGUGGGCCGCUGUCUGCUAAAAAAAGAAGUCAACAUAAUGACAGAGGAUGCUGUCCUGCUGAAUGUACCUGUCAUUCGGCAGCUGUACCACUGGGACUGUGGGUUAGCCUGCUCCAGGAUGGUGCUGAAGUACCUCCACCCAGUCAGUGAUGAGGAGUUUCAGAGAGCAUGCUGGGAGCUGAAGCUGACGGAGAGCGUGUGGACUAUUGACCUGGCCUACCUCAUGUGCCAUCUAGGAAUCAAACACUGCUUUUGCACACAGACUCUGGGUGUUGACAAGGGCUUUAAAAACCAGUCCUUUUAUAAGAAGCAUUUUGAUACUGAAGAAGACAGAGUGAAUGAGCUCUUCCUUAAAGCAGAAACCAAAAGUGUUGUGGUGAAGAAAUGCUCUGUGACAGUUCAGGAAAUCCAGUCUCACCUGGAGCAGGGUCACGUUGCCAUAGUGUUAGUCAAUGCUGUCGUCUUGACGUGUGAACUCUGCGCCUCUCCUGUCAAAUACUGCUGCUUCCUGCCUGUGGGUCAGAAGUGUUUCUGCAGGAAACCUGAGUACCAGGGUCAUUUUGUGGUCGUGUGUGGCUUCAACAGGACCACAGGCUGCAUUUUCUACAAUAACCCAGCGUAUUCUGACCGGGUGUGCUGCACCAGCGUCGGUAACUUCGAGGAGGCUCGGCGGAGUUACGGGACGGACGAGGACAUCCUGUUCGUCUUUAAGGAGAGCUGAUGUACAGCGGAGACAAAUUCGGAUGUCGCUCCUCCCGGCUCAUCAUUAUAAUAGUGAGAUGAUUAACGCAGGUCCUGGACUAGUGGCUCCUGUCGUCAUAGGCCCCUCACCCCACCCCGGGCCACCCUCUCCGGUGCUAAUGAGUCCAACUGCUCACAUGACAAACAAACACUUAGCUGCAUAUUCACCACCCUCGUUCUCCAUUAUACAGCCCACACUACUUGACAUGUGAAGGAUUAACAGUUGGAAGGUUUGAUAAAUUGAUGUUGAAUUGUUUAUUUUUGUAUGUUUUUCUUUUAGAUUAAUAGAUCACUUCAUCAUGUUUUUUGUUGAAUUUUAAUGAAUACAUACCGACUGAAAUCUCAAACUAUGAACUAUGAGUAUUUCAGACUAAAAAUGGAUGAAUUGUGGGAAUUAUGACUUAGAAUAAGACUUACCAGGACUUACCAGGAACUAAGGUGCACAUAAUUCAGGGCUAACAACAUUUUGUAGAUCCCCCCCCCCCUUUAUUUGUUGUGUGUCAGGUGUUGACGUCAGAAGGGGCUCAUUCGUAGCCAACAGCUUCACCUCUACUUGCCUUUUUUAAAGAAAUCCUCCUAACUCGCCUCUCACUUUUUUUAUUCACGUGAUUAUUGGAACAGGGAACUAAGGAAGUAGUCGUGCUUUUGAACGUCUCAGGUAAUUAACACCCUAAAGUGUGACAUGCGCUUAAAAUGACAAAACUAGUUCAAUGCAAUACUCCAUAGUCUUAUCUAUGGGACUGAAUCUGCCUGCAGAAGAACAUGGACACUGGAUUGGACGCUGAGAAACAUAAAAAAAAACCCCAUUGUGUUCUGGUGAUGCUAGAUGUUUGACUGUUUUGAUCAUGUGACAGAACAAAGGUGUAGCUCUAACUUAGCCGUGUUCUCUGUUUGAAAGCAGCAAAGAUUAGUUCAGUUUCCUCCUCAUCACUCAAGUUUUUUUUUUUCCACUUUGGUAUUAAGUUUUUUGCACUAUGCUUUUCAUACAGACAUAAUUCUGUGUUAUUUAAAUUAAAAAAUUUUACCAUGAAUUUUUUUUGUUUUGUUCUGAAUACGUGAGUGGAAAGUGAAAGUGAUUUCUUCCUGGCUGGGCUUUUUUGGUGUGAACAAAUAGCAUAUUUUAAACUUUAUUUUUUCUUAAACAUAGAGCUGCAUUUAUUAUAUGUUGUAAUUAAAAAAUAUUUCAACAUGA